CCGGGUCCGGGCAACACUCAUUUCAAAAGUGUUGGCCUGCCUGUAUUUAAAAGGCCCUCUCUGCAUUUCUUGGUUUCAAUUUCCCCUGCCCUUCCAAGUUCCAAUUUUGAUCCAAUCAGACAGAAAAGUCCUUUCUCCGUCACUUCAUAAUUCAGAUUUAAACGCUCGGCAGUAAGCUAAUUUUUCACUCAUGGGAACUGUUGAUGCUGCAAACAAGGAUAUCAGUGUUAGCUUGGCCGACAAAAAGCCAAUAGUUGGUUUUGUUCUGGGUGGCCCGGGAAGUGGGAAAGGUACCCAGUGUGCAAAUAUUGUCCAACACUUUCUUUACACCCAUCUCAGUGCUGGAGAUCUUCUCCGAGCAGAAAUUAAGUCUGGUUCUGAAAAUGGAACCAUGAUUCAGAAUAUGAUCAAAGAGGGAAAGAUCGUUCCUUCUGAGGUCACAAUUAAGCUUCUUCAAAAAGCAAUGCUUGAAAGUGGUAAUGACAAGUUCCUUAUUGAUGGUUUUCCUCGUAAUGAGGAAAACCGUGCAGCAUUUGAAGCUGUUACUAAAAUCGAGCCAGACUUUGUCCUGUUUUUCAAUUGCCCUGAAGAAGAGAUGGAGAGGCGUCUUCUGAGUAGGAACCAGGGAAGAGAAGAUGAUAACAUUGAAACGAUAAGGAAGCGAUUCAAAGUGUUUCUAGAGUCCAGCAUUCCUGUGAUUGAGUACUAUAAGGCCAAGGGGAAGGUUCGAGAGAUUGAUGCUGCAAAGCCCAUUGAAGAGGUGUUUGAGGAAGUUAAAGUUGUGUUCACCCCAAAAGAUGAAAAGGUCACUGCCUAGGCUUUGCAACUCUACCAGCGUUGAAAGAGCAAAUUCAGUCAAGGAUAUGUCACAGUUUGCUGCACAUUUCUGUAUUCUGAUUUGUGAGGUUUUAUAUCACAUAGUAUUUGCCAUUUUAUGCUAGCAGUAGCUGGUUAUAUAGUUCAUAGAUACAUGAUGAGAGGUUGAUACCUUCAUAUUCUUGUUAUCGUAACGCUUAUGCUGAUAAUUCACAAUAAAUUCUCCCAUUUCUAUAGUUA